AUGAUUAAACAAAAUAAGAUUCAGGUCUCUUCACCCCGUGGGCCAGCACAUCAUGCUCAACUUCGAUAUAGCGCUCCAGAAAGCAUCUUGAAGAACUGUUUCUCGUCCCAAUCGGACGUUUGGGCGUUUGCUGUAUGCUGUUGGGAAAUAGCUGAAACAUCUUGCACUAGAAUACCAUUCGAAACAUUUUCGAAUUCUGAUCUUGUCACCAAUGCCCAACUAAUGCUCAGCGGACAAGAGGAUGCGGUUGUACCGUCAUUUACGGAAAGUGUUCCACGAGGAGUACGAGAUGUAUUUAUUCGCUGUUUUGAAGCUGACCCUCAAGCUCGCCCAUUGUUCUCUCACAUAUCAUACUUUAUGAGCAAGUAUCAUGCUUCACUAGAUUAA